AUGAACGUUUACGGCAAGGACCAGCGAAUUCAUAAUGGCUCCCGCACCAAAGCGGAAAGUUGGGUAAUGCAUUCCUUCACCGCCAUUACGGGUUUGCAAGCGUCUUGCAUUGCAGUUUGUUUGUUUCGUAUGCGAGGUAGGUUGGAUAAUGUACUGCAAAACAGUUACUUCAUUACUUCUCCAUUGCAACUUAACCCGGUGUAUCACUCGCAAUCGUGUGCCCUGGAGGUAAAUGAAGACAUCGCAAUGUUUCGUAAUGUUACAUACACCAUCACAGGCGAGAAUGUGGAGUACUUUUUCUCGAGAGGUGCCUUUAAUACUCGGAUACUGUUUUUCCUCGUUGCGAUGACUACCUUCAUUGCGCUUGUUAAUCACACGCUGUUGUGGUUGGAUAUUUCUAAGAUCCGCUACCAUUUUGUCGUGAUACGAAAGGAUCCAUUGGCGGUGUUCCAAGUAUCGGCUGCAGUUGCUGGAAUUUUUCAGAAUUACAUAGUAAGUCGGGAACAUAAAUAUAUGAACGACUACUUGAACACGUGUAACGCCCCAGAUCGCCCGUCCUUGCAUUCCGUCACGCCGUUUAUUGAGCUUUACCUGCUAUUUGGAGGAACACUUGUCACUUUUUUAAUAAAUUUCCUAAUUGCCGUUAUUCUGCGAUGCCAGAAAAAUCCUAAGGAGGAGCUUAUUCGGGAGAAUGAACUGAUGCAAAUGGAGAAAAGUAUGACUGGAGAGCUCCCAUUUUCUGGGGAUCAGUUAAUGCUGUCGCAGCGUUCGCGGGGUGACGCAAAUGUGAGUAACUCAUCCAUUCCUAAUCAACGGCUGGCCCACAGCAGAGGUCCUUCAGAGGGAAAAGAAUUCCGACAUGUUGACCCACUCGCAUCACCCACCUCCCAAUUAUCAUUUGCCCGUCGUGACUCGGUACCAGCGAGUCGCGUAUCAGUUGCGCGGGAGGGUCGACUUUCACGAGGUGAAAGUGCGAGACGGGCUCUUCCUUCUCAAGCGUCUGCAUGGCCUCCGGUUAGUGGUAGAAGGAGUUUUACCGGACCCGUGUCAGCACCAGCAUUUGAUGAUAUUAUUGGAGACUCGACGCAUAGAUAG